CUUCAUAAACAGCCAUUGCAAGCGACUUCAAAUCCCAAAUACUUGCAAAAUUUACUCAACACGGAGUGAUUAGUGGCGACACAUCCCACGAUAGGCUUUCGCCUAUAAUUCGCUCCAAAGACUUCCACGGUCACGAUCUCGACUUCUGCGGCAGUCCAACGCGACGCCAGCUAUGGCACAGUACGGUUUCAACCAAUUCGGGGGAGGCCAGAAUAAUGGCAGUGGAAGCAUUGACCCCAACGACUUAGCCAUGUCUGGCUACGGAAACGGUAACGCCAUGUUCACCGACGACGAUCUGCUCGGGACGCUAGAUAGCCACAGCCCAACCGAUGCCAACCAACCCACUACGAUGAACAACCAAGGCCAAGAAUUCAAUAACAUGAACGGCAUGAGUAUGGGGUUUCCACAAAGUGUAUAUGCGUCGCAUCAAGUGGACCAGUCACACAUCAACGGAUACUCGAACACGCCAGAGGGAGACCCCAUUCAAAGCCCCUUUGUUCACAGUUACGGCGGCCAACCCCAAUUCCGCCAGAUGCAACAUCAACAUCAACAUCAGCCUUUUGGUAACUCGUUGCAAUCUCCCAUCUCUUAUUCAGGCUCCCCUCAUACCGGCAACGACGCGAACAAUGAUGGCGAGCCCAAUUACCUGAACGCCAAAUCAAAUCAUCGCUUGUCACAAGCACAAGCGCAAGCUAUGCAGCGCAAAGCCUCCAACACGCGAAGUCCCCUCACAUCGCAGACAGCCACAGCCAUGGCAAAUUUGACAGUUGGCUCCCACGAAUCUCCUGGGUUUGCCACUCAACCAAUCCGAACACCCAGCAAUACGAAUCACGAAAAGUCACCUUCGGCCCAGUGGAUGCACACGCCCAAUAGUAUGUCCUCGUUCCCCGGCACCGGCUUCUCUUCGCCCUUGCAACAAGGCAUACAGCAUCCUCACAUCGGCGAUGUGAUACGAACUGCUGGCACGUCGAUGCCGACGAAGCUAGGCGGUGUCGCCUCGAGCCAUGCCACCGCUCAAGAAAUUAAAAGAAAGCGAAGGCGCGAGUCCCAUAAUCUUGUGGAGCGACGACGAAGAGACAAUAUCAACGAAAGGAUUCAAGAUCUCAGCAAGCUGGUCCCGAUGCACAGACUGGAGGACGAAAAGAUUCGAAAACUCAUCCAAAACGGAACGCCCCUGUCACCUACGUUGACGGGAAUUUCCCAGCCUGGCCAAGCUACAUCGGGACUGGCGGGUCCAGGCGCGAAACGAGCAACAGGUGCCGGCAGCAUCACGACUGGUCUUCCCAUCGAGGAUAAGGACAAGGGACCGAACAAGGGUGACAUCCUCAAUGGUGCUGUUAGCUGGACGCGUGACUUGAUGUGGAUGCUGCACAUGAAGCUGCAACAGCAAGAAGAGCUCAUGAACCACAUUGCCGAACUUGGUGGCAGCUUCCCGCUUGAGCUGACCGACGACGAGAAGCGCAUGCAAACAGAGCUGAUGGAGACCAUUGCCAAGAACGAAGUGCACAACUUUUCAUACUCGCGCUACGAUGGCUCCGGUCUUCGGGUACCUCAUCACACCGACUACAAGGGCGAGUCUCUCAACGGUGGCAGCGCAGGCGAUCCCAUCUCCGUCAGUCCCGAGGACCACAAUGGCGGCGACCUGACAGGAGAUCUUGGCAACCCCAAUGAAUUCUGGAAUGAUCCGGAUGACGAUGUCAAGGAGGAAGAUGAAUACGGCAUGGACCUGACUGUAUAGUGUUGCUGGUAUGCCGACUAGUCGUUUGGUGGUCGGCGCCGUCGCUUGAUAUCACAUUGCAUUCCGCCGCUUACGUGGCUGGCUCUUUUUCAUUCUGCAUGUUCCGAGGAAGAGA